AUGCAUUUCUCUCCAUCCUUACUGUUGGGCACACUCGCUGGGUUGGCCAGCGGCGCGGCCAUCCCUCCCGCGCCCGUCACCAACUACGAUGCCAUCGUCAUUGGCGGUGGUCCGGCUGGGUUAGCUGCCACGAGCGGGCUGGCUCGCGUCCGCCGAAAUGUCCUUCUUAUCGACUCGGGCGUGUACCGCAACGGCCCGACCAGGCAUAUGCACGAUGUACUCGGGUUUGACGGGGUUACACCUGCGUACUUCCGCUAUGCUGCACGCCAACAACUCUCCCACUACUCCACCGUCGCUAUGGUCAAUGGCACCGUGGUCAAGAUCACCCCCGGCGAUGAGCAAAACUCCUUCUUCACUGUCACCACUGUCCCUGCUCCCGGCGUCCCCGCCACCAAUGCGACAGCGCGCAAGAUCAUCCUAGCCACCGGUCUGCGCGACAUUCUCCCCGAAACCCCAGGCAUCGCGGAGAACUGGGGCAAGGGCAUCUUCUGGUGCCCGUGGUGCGAUGGCCACGAGCACGCGGACCAGUCGCUGGGUCUGCUCGGCAGCCUGGACAAUGUGCCCGCGGCGGUGCGGGAGAUGUCGACGCUUAACAACGACAUCAUCGCACUGGUGAACGGGACCGACACGCCCGAGUACCGCGCAAUCACGGAUGGCAAGUUGAAGAACUGGGAGAAAUAUCUCGAGAUCCACAAGGUGCCGGUCGACAACCGGACCAUCACUGCGAUCACGCGCCUCCAGGACGGCGGGGACGCCCACGCCGAUCCCAGCCUGCCGAGUGUGCCGGAGAAGGAUUUGUUCCAGGUGGAUUUCUCGGAGGGCGACUCAAUCCGGAGGGCCGCGUUCCUGGCAGCGUUCCCGUCGGAGCAGACGUCCAAGGUCGGCGAGGAGUUAGGCGUGCAGCUGUGGGGUGGUCGGUUGGCGGUCGACCCGAACAAUGGUUUAAUUACCAACGUGCCCGGUGUGUAUGCCGUUGGGGAUGCCAACUCGGAUAACACGACGAACGUGCCGCACGCACUGUUCAGUGGGAAGCGGACGGCGGUGUUCUUGCAUGUCAAGAUCGGACGUGAGGACGGGGACAGGGAGUUGGCCGAGGCCGGCGUUUCCAAGAGAGAUGCCGAGCAUGUUGCCCGCUCGCUAUGGGAUACGGUCAAUGGUGCGCCUGGUGAGCCUCUGUACGCUGGUAAAUUUGACCAGUAA